UCGUCGUCCCCUUCGCGAACUCUCUCGCAUCCACCCAGAAAAAGCUCUCUCCUCCGCCGCAGAUUCUUCCUCCCCUUCCCUCUCCGGGAACGCCGCUCGUCGAGGGUUUCGUCUUCGAAACCUGUCCAGGGUUCGCCCGCGAGUGCAUGGCAGUGAGCCUCCUGGCCAAUGACGUGUCGGACCUCUGCAUCGGCAAGCCGGCCGUGAGGGCCCUCCCGCUCUCCGCGGCCGCCGCCGACCUCGCCGCCGCCGUCCGCAAGGGGCCCCGCGCAGCCGCCGCCGCCUGCGUCGCCGUCGGCCCCGCGCGCGGCGCCGCCGUCCUCGGACGGGCCGGCCUCGCCGACGUCCUCUGCCUCCUCUGCUCCUCCCCCGACGCGCUCGCGCGCCCCGCCGCCGCCCUCGCCAGGCCCGUCGCCGCGCUCCUGCCCAAGGACGGCGCCGGCGAGGUGCGACGCGUAGAUCCCCGCUCCAGUGUCUUGGAUGCGCUUGAUGAGAUCUUGAGCGGCGCGCAGGUGCUCGCCGUCCCGCUCCGCAAUGGCGGCCGCAAGAAGCAGCUCGCCGGCGUCGCCGGCGUCACCACCGACUUCUGCUGGCUCACGCAGGAGGACCUCGUCCGCUACUUCCUCAACUCCAUCUCCCUCUUCUACCACGUCGCCGCCCGCUCCGUCUCCGCCCUCGGCCUCGUGCGCCCCGACUUCCUCUCGGUGCGCCCCGACGAGGCAGCCCUGUCCGCCGUGCCCCUCAUCCGCCGCGCCAUCGCCUCGGAGACAGCGGUCGCCGUGGUCAGCGCCGACGGCCACCUCGUCGGCGAGAUCUCCACCGCGCACCUCGCGGCCUGCGACGAGACGGCGGCCGCGGCCAUCGCCACGCUCUCGGCGGCGGACCUCAUGGCCUACAUCGACUACUUCGGCUCCCCGCCCGAGCAUAUCCUGCGUGCCAUCAAGACUGGGCUCAAGUCCAAGGGCCUGGACGCCAUGCUUGAGCUGAUGGAGGACGAGACGAUGACCUCCUUCUCCCUCUCAUCUUCCUCGUCUGACGACGACACUGGCCGGGCGUACCUGAGGCGCCCUUCGUCUGGGAGCUUUGGGCGCCGGUCGACUGAGGAGCCUGUGGUCUGCAGCCCCGCGAGUUCGCUGGUCGCCGUCAUGGUGCAGGCGCUCGCGCACCGUGUGAGCUACCUGUGGGUGCUUGACGAGGAGGACGACUGCCGGCUCGCCGGGAUCGUCACGUUUGCCGACAUCCUCAGGGUGUUCCGGGAACAGCUGCUGUGAGGCGGCGAGAAAAGCUUGGGAGUUUUUGCAGUCGACUCCGGAGAGGAUUUGCUGUUGAAUUGCGUCUACCUUGUUCGUUGCCUGUGAAAUGUGAUGAAGAUGAACUGCUUUUUCAUUCGUUCUUUGUUGGGACAUGUUUCAUUGUGAUGUUGUUUGCUGAUGAACAUUAAGACUUGCUUAUGCUUUCAUAAUAAUGCAGCAAUGUGCAUUUGGUGCUA